ACGGAGGAGACCAUGGGAGGCUCGGCUCGGCGCAGCCCGGAGGACUGCCGCUUUCUGGACGCAGAGGCAGCCAAGCCUCCGAAGAAGAGCUGCCCCAGGUACCAGCUCUGUGGACUGCUCUUCAGCGUGCUGCUCCUUUCCCUUAUUCUGAUAUUUUUUGGUGUCAAAUACCUCUGGAACCCAGCACCCAGAAAAGUUUAUGACAUGGAGCACACGUUCUUCAGCAACGGCCAGAAGAAGAAGAUCGUGAUGGAGAUUGACCCUCUGGCCAGGACAGAGACCUUCAGCAGCGGGAACGGCAGUGAGGAGAUCCUGGAGAUCCAUGACUUCAAAAACGGAAUAACUGGCAUCUUCUUUGUGGGACUUCAAAAAUGCUUCAUCAAAACUCAGACUAAAGUCCUACCUGAGACGACGGAGGCCAAGAUCCCUGAGCUGGAGGGACAAGAAAUCACCACCACCUACUUUGAGCAGUCUGUGGUCUGGGUGCCUGGGGAAAAGCCCAUUCAGAACAAGGAAUUCCUGAAGAGCUCCAAAAUUUUUGACAUCUGCAAAAACAUGACCAUCUUCUGGAUCCACCCCACGCCAAUAGCAGCUCCCGAGCUGGCCAACCUGGAAGGGGCAGAGGAAGAAGAGGCUGAGCUGCUGGCUGACAGCCAGAGCUGGCUGGACGGGGGGAGCGAGCAGGAGCAGGAGCUGGAGCAGGACAGGCAGGCAGGGCCCAGGCGGCGGGCACGGCAGCUCACCGAGGAGGAGCUGCCCGUCAACGACUACUCGGAGAACGGGCUGGAGUUCCACCCUCUGUGGGAUGAGCGAGGCUACUGCUGUGCCCAGUGCCGCCGUGCCAACCGCUACUGCCGGCGGGUCUGCGAGCCCCUGCUGGGCUACUACCCCUACCCCUACUGCUACCAGGGCGGGAGGGUCAUCUGCCGCAUCAUCAUGCCCUGCAACUGGUGGAUCGCGCGGAUGCUGGGCCGGGUGUAG